CUGGAGGGAGGGGGUGGUGGCUGGCUUCCAGUUCCUGGAGCUGAUACACCAAAAAUUCACAGCCUCUUCUGCUGGAUGCCCCUGUCCACUCCUUACAGCCUGGUGACUCCAUUCUCGUUUGGACCUGGAAGGACGAGCCUCUCCAAGAGAAGUGAAAGGGACCCCACACCGUGCUGCUGGUCUCCCACACGGCAGCAAAGGUCGAAGGACACAAGAACUGGAUUCAUCACUCUCGACUGAAAGCAAUACCCACUCCUGAACAGUGGACUGUCCAGCCUGCAGAAAAGACUGCCAGCGAUGAUUUGGGACUUAAGCUGUUAUUCAAAAGACAGGUAAGGGUCACUGGGAAUGCCUGGUAAUCUCUCUGAACAGCCACAGCGCACUCCCCGUGAAAACCCUGAGCAUUGGUUCUAUCUAUUCACAAAAGGCCGACCUAGCCUAUGGUCCUGGUCCUUUUAUUUUUUUGAUUUGUUUCGUGUCAAUAAUUCUUAUCUUCUGGGCAUUUGGGUUGUUGUAAUUACAAUAUAGGUUCAGGUUUAGGGUCUCUCACAACAUUCCUUUUUGUCACAGAAGCAAUCCUUCUGUUACCUACUGUUUCACCCACAUUGCAUGCAGGAUGGGGAGCCAUCCCUGCAGAUAUGGCUACCAAUACCUAUGAGGCCCUGAAAAUUGCCUUUGCCCAUGAGUUCAAUCUCUCCCACUGUUGGAUAUGUGCCCAGACUCCCCACCAUUCGGCUAAAUUGCCCGAGUAGUUCCCCAAAAUUGAUCAGACUUUUGUCAAAGGUGGAUGGUUACCAGCAGCAGCACCUCUGAUAAUUUAAGUUUGCGAUCCAACUGUACUGCGGAAGCUCCUUAUGGCCUACACAAUGGCUCUUGGAAUUCCCACUAUAAUAGCACUCUUAAGCCCCAGCCUAUUCGUCUACGCUCUCCACCCACUGGUCUUAUAUGUUUUCAGCAAGCCAGUACAAGUAAUCAUACCUGGUUUGCCGGCAUUAGUACAUGUAGAUUUUAUAUUGGUCCUGGUAUAAGUCUCACUGUUCCUGUACUAAAUGCCACCGGUUGGCAAACCGGCACUGCAUUUUUUGCCCUUUCCCCACAAGCCACCCUACGGGACCUACAAGGUAACAAUGGAAAGGCUAGUUAUGGUGAAGCAUUCUGGGUCUGUGGUAAUAGUGCCUACAAAUGGCUUCCUCAUGGUUGGCAUGGUAGCUGUUACAAAGGCUAUCUUGCUCCUCCCCUCCGUGUUCUAACCCAGGCUCCCUCAGGUCGCCCCAGGUACUAUCGGUCCUUGAGAGCUACCAUUGAACCCAUCAGAGAAGGAGACAGGUUUGGGAUAAUAUUCCUCCCUACUUAUGGGGUGGGACAGCUAACCCAACUCUACAGGAGACUUUCUAAAUUUCUCACCCAGUUUGCCAAUAAUACCCUGGCCAUAGAAAAAGGCAUAAGCUCCGAGCUGUACCAGCUUCAAUUGCUGGCUCUGCAAAACCGCCAGGCCCUAGAUUAUGUGUUAGCCUCACGGGGCGGGGUCUGUGCCCUUAUUGGAGAAGAAUGUUGUACCUACGUUCCAGAGUUUUCACAAAAUAUUAACAAGCACAUCUUGUCAGCCAAACAGGCCUUGAACCAGUGGAAGGCCCAGGAAGGAGAACCCACUAUUUUUGAUUCCCUUUGCGGUUGGUUACCUGGUCUAGGGGAACUAGGGGAAGGCAUUGUUCGCCUCUUGCUCACAGGUGUUGAUAUGUUUUGUUUUUUUCUUUUGCUCGCUUGCUGUAAAGUGCUCAUACAGAAAAUUUGUACCUCCUAUUCCCCAGAAGUUCCUUUAUACCCUCUCAUUAAUGAUCCCAAUUGCAUGAAGGUUAAUCGCAUUUUGUCUUUAGAGUAUGAGAAAACUCUGCCAAAGGUUUGUUGCGUGUUCUCAAAGGAGGGAAUUGUUGGGGUCACUAGGCAUAGCUACCAGGUAACUCGGGGGGAUGGAAGGCCAUAAGUGCCGAUGAAACCCCCCUGCUCUGGGUCUAAGUGAGCCACAGUUAUUCCAUCUUGUGAACUUUAACCUACCUACAUGCUGACAGCCUAAAAGCAAAAUAUGUAAUGGUCAGCUUUUUAGCAGAUAGCUGCAGUUUCGCUCACAGUAGCAGAACUUUUAGUAAUAACGAGGGAAAAAGGGGGAGGGAAAGGCCUACUACGUAGAGCUUGCAAGGUUGAAGAUAAGCAUGCGGACGAGAACUUUUCUAACACGCUACAAUGUAAUGCCUGCUGUAACCGAGGGAAAGGUAAGGGAGGACAGAAUAAAGGCUUACUCAAACAGCUUGGAAUAUAAAAUGGAAAACUUGCUUGUAUUUGCUGCACUUGAUUUGAGACAUGCUGGUCUCCUAGUGCCUAUUCAGAGCUCUUUA